AUGAGUUUCCUCAAAGGGAUCAUCGAUUCUUUUGGUUCGGUCUUCUCCGCCGCCUCCUCCUCAUACGAGUCUCACCCAAACUCUGAUUCUCCUCCAAAUUCGUCAAUCAUGGAAGGCAUAGCUGGACCUGGAGCUUCGGUUUCCAACGAGCGUGUUGCAUACAAGCUUAGGGGGUACUUCGAUUUGGCAAAGGAUGAGAUCGCCAAGGCUGUUAGGGCUGAAGAGUGGGGCUUAGUCGACGACGCCAUUGCUCACUAUAACAACGCCCAGAGAGUUCUCGUUGAAGCAACGUCCACUCCCGUGCCUUCCUAUAUCAGCCCCAGUGAGCGAGAGAAGGUCAAAUCUUAUCGCCAAAAAAUAUCAAAAUGGCAGGGUGAAGUUUCUGAAAGGUUACAGGCCUUGAGUAGGCGAGCAGGUGGCACGUCUGUUAGCAAAAGCACCUUAGCCCAUGCGCAGACUGCUGUAGUUAAACCAACGACAUCAAAUGCCAGAAAGCAUGUGUUACCCAAGUCUCCUCGUCCCACUACAAACAGACCCGAAACGAGGAAUCAGAUUCAGACCAAUAAUAUUGUAAGCUCAAAACCUGUGCAAGAGACUGGUGGUGGUUAUGAUGCAAAAUUGGUGGAAAUGAUAAAUAGUGCUAUAGUGGAUAGAAGCCCUUCAGUUCAGUGGGAAGAUGUAGAUUACCAAGUUACUCAUUUCAGUUUCUCUGCAGCUGGUCUUGAGAAGGUUAAGAAAACUUUGAUGGAGAUGGUUAUUUUACCAACUAAGAGAAGAGACUUGUUCACUGGUCUUCGAAGGCCAGCUAGAGGUCUGCUUUUGUUCGGUCCACCUGGGAAUGGGAAGACCAUGCUUGCUAAGGCAGUUGCUUCAGAGUCUGAGGCAACAUUUUUUAAUGUAUCUGCUUCUUCACUGACAUCAAAAUGGGUAGGAGAGGCUGAAAAGCUUGUGCGAACCCUUUUCUUGGUUGCUAUAUCCAGACAGCCAUCAGUAAUUUUCAUGGAUGAAAUUGAUAGUAUCAUGUCAACAAGGCUUGCAAAUGAAAAUGAUGCAAGCAGAAGGUUGAAGUCAGAGUUUUUAAUACAGUUUGAUGGGGUGACCUCUAAUCCUAAUGAUCUGGUAAUUGUGAUUGGUGCUACUAAUAAGCCACAAGAACUGGACGAUGCGGUGAAGAGAGUGUACAUACCUUUACCAGAUUUAACAGCAAGGAGACUGCUUCUAAGACACAAACUCAAGGGCCAAGCGUUUUCCUUACCAAGUGGAGAUCUUGAAAGACUUGCAGGAGAGACAGAAGGAUAUUCAGGAAGUGAUCUGCAAGCCUUGUGUGAAGAAGCUGCAAUGAUGCCUAUUAGGGAACUGGGUGAAAACAUUCUCACCAUCAAGGCAAAUCAGGUAAGACCACUAAGAUAUGAAGAUUUUCAGAAGGCAAUGACUGUAAUCAGGCCAAGCUUAAGCAAAAGCAAGUGGGAAGAACUUGAACGGCAGCCUUAUUUAUAUGCUGCCACUGGUACAAAGAAUGAUGCUGAAAAAAGCCAGGAGGGGCUCCCCAGAAAAAUCUACAGUCUCAGCAGUGGCGCUAAAAGGAAAAUUCAAAAUUUCCACAUAGUGGUCGUCUCUCUCUCUCUGGAAAAAUCAGAAGAAAUGGAAAGGCAAGAAAGCCCAAAGAGAGAAUGGUCCUUGCGAGACUUCGAGAUCGGAAAACCCCUGGGCAAAGGGAAAUUCGGGCGAGUCUACGUUGCCCGAGAAGCCAAGAGCAAGUAUAUAGUGGCAUUGAAGGUGAUAUUCAAGGAGCAAAUCGAGAAGUAUAAGAUUCAACAUCAGCUGAGGAGAGAGAUGGAGAUUCAGACCAGUCUCAGGCACCCCAACAUUCUUCGCCUCUACGGUUGGUUCCACGACGACGAACGCAUCUUCUUGAUCCUCGAGUAUGCCCAUGGCGGUGAGCUUUAUGGGCUUCUCAGGAAAACUAAUUACCUCUCUGAGAAACAAGCCGCCACUUACAUUCUGAGCUUGACGCAAGCUUUGGCGUAUUGUCACGAGAAGAAUGUCAUUCAUAGGGAUAUAAAGCCUGAAAAUUUGCUUCUGGAUCAUGAGGGUCGACUGAAAAUUGCAGACUUUGGAUGGUCGGUACAGUCCAGAAGCAAGAGACAGACCAUGUGUGGAACUUUAGAUUAUUUAGCACCAGAAAUGGUGGAGAACAGACCUCAUGAUUAUGCAGUUGACAACUGGACUCUGGGCAUUCUUUGCUAUGAGUUCCUCUAUGGUAUUCCUCCCUUUGAGGCAGAAAGUCAAACGGAUACAUUCAAAAGGAUAAUAAAGGUCGACCUAAACUUCCCUUCUGAACCUCAAACUUCAGCAGAAGCUAAACAUCUCAUUACCCGGCUUCUUGUCAAAGACUCCUCAAAGAGGCUCUCUCUUCAGAGGAUCAUGGAACACCCUUGGAUAGUCAAGAACGCCGAUCCAUCGGGUAUCUGCAAAUAG